CAGUUUUAGCACAAACACAUAUCACUUCGCCCCGAUCUACUCAAGAACAGUACCCGGCUAUUAUUUAAGCGWCGAAACCGAAAAAAAACCCGACAAGAAAUCGACCAGGAUGUGAAUUUGACUCCWUCUGACUUGCGACCCCCGAGUCCUGAAACGAUGCCUUUUUGUGCGGUUGGCCUUUGUAUCUUUCUUAUCCAAGCCAUUUUGCUUAUCACUUGUCAAGGUUCUGAAGAAGAGACUGUUUAUGGAACAUUUGGUGUCCUUACUAACUUCAAGGAUAGAACCUUGAAUUUUACCAAUAUAACAUUAUGGAAAGUGAUAGCCCCACUCGACCACCAGAUAGUGGUAACCGUUAUCUAUCCGACAAAUGAUCCGCGGCUGAAUUGCGAAAACGUCCGCGUUAAAGACGCAAUUUCAAGUACAGACAUAAGCUCCUAUACACCGUCGAAAGAGUWUUGCAGAUUCCACAUUAAGAACAGAAUAUUUGCUCUUAAUCUGACCGGACAUUAUUCGUUGUUUCUCGCUGUGUUUGAAGCAUUCAGAAACCAAAUAAAAGUUGAAACAAGCUACCCAGUAUCAACAAGUGAAAGUUUCAGUACAAAGGUUUACAAUUACACUUUGUCAGAGAGGGAAACUUGCCAUAAACUAAAUAAAAAUUCGAUUUCCGUUGAGAAUAGGAGCAUGAAYUAUUUUCACAGAGCUCUCCUUAUGAGAGGUUCAGAAUAURCSUGGAUAAACACAUCUAAUACAGUGUUUACAUCGUGGGCAAGUCAUCCAAAUGCUCAUCAAGGCUGUGCUAGAAUGAACAAAACUGGAAAUUGGGAGACUGUUCAAAAUUGUUUCAMCAAUGAUGCCUYACACGUAUGCCAAGAAAGAGUGUCACAGAGGUCAACAUUUUAUGACCAAUGUAAAGAAAGCUUAGGUCUACAACAAGGAAAUGGAGAGAUAACGGAUCACACUCAUCACUCGGCUGAUAAUGCCAGAUUAAACAAGACAGGUUGGAUUCUCCCAAAUUCACAAUCAGAUUCAUGGAUAAAGGUGAAAUUUUCUAAAACGUACAUCAUGACUGGCGUGGCAACACAAGGCGUUGAAAGUCACGGAUGGGUCGUCUCAUUUUCAAUAUCUUUCCAAGCACUUGACUCAGGGAUGGUUCCACUGAAAAACGCUCGAAAUCAAAAURUAGUUUUUCAAGCAAAUACGGACUCCUACAAUGUAGUCUUCAACCGUAUUGAACCAGUUAUCUCUACAAAAGAAAUUAAACUUCGCGUUAAAGAAUGGCACAAGGAGAUAGCUCUACGGAUGGAACUCUAUGGCUGUGAAGUGGAUGCAAGCACUUGCCGACAGCGUAACCUGGGAAUGGAGAACAAUGCCAUCAAAGAUGAUCAAAUUAACAGUUCCAGUUCAAAUAAUCUUGCAAAGUAUGCUCGUCUGAACUUGGACUUAAGAUCGGAUGUUGCUAUAAGCUGCUGGACAACAUCUGAUCGGAGCUCGUGGCUUCAGGUCGACUUAAAAUCGUCAUAUUACAUUACUGCAGUUUUAACACAGGGCUGUGGAUUUGACUUUAAACAGGAAUGGGUCAAGAAAUAUAAAAUAAGUUAUGGAAAUUCCCCAAGCGAAAUGGUUGAGUACAAAGUUAAUGGCACAGUUAAGGAAUUCGAUGGAAAUACCGACAGAAGCUCAGUGAAAGUGAACCAUCUGAAUCCCAUUAUAGUCACUCAAAUGAUUAGAAUUUAUCCGAUUGACUUCAACAAUAAGACCUCAAUGAGAAUAGAGCUACAAGGUUGUGAUUCCCCCAAUCCUGGUUUCGAGUCACUUCAAAUGAUGAGCUGGGGUGCAUGGAGUGAAUGUAACGCUACUUGCAAUGGCACUCGACAACGAAACCGCACAUGCAAUGUCGUCCCAGACUCACAGUGCCAAGGACUAGUUGACUAUGAAUCAUGCGAUCGUGUAGACUUUUGUAAAAACUUCAGCGACUGGUCAACAUGGACUCCCUGUAGCAACUCAUGUGGUCCUGGGGAACAGAGAAGAUCUCGUAUUUUUACUGGAAGUUACCAGGGUAAAUCAUGUUCUGGGAGUUUAACUAUCAUCCGUGAUUGCAACGGUACUUGUGAGAUAACCUAUGGAAACUGGUCUGACUGGAGCAAAUGUAAUAUGACKUGUGGAAUUGGUUUUCAAGAACGAACAAGAAAUUGCACAACAUACAARCCUAACCAGACGUGUAGCAAUGGAAGUACUGAAAUUAGAAUAUGCAAUUUGACUUAUUCAGUUAUAAGCCCACCUCUGUCAUGGUCUCCAUGGUCUCCAUGGAGUGUUUGUAAUGAAACGUGUGGUAUUUAUUCUCAAACACAGAGACGGAAUACAACUGAUCAAUUAUACCAAGAGAUUUCUUCCAGAGAGUGUAAACCGUGCUUGCCUUGCAUGUGUCCCUGGACCAAUUGGACAGAAUGUUCUUGUAAUACGCCGAAUCAAACGCGCACGAUGAAUUGUACUUAUACUGAGGCGCGCCACCUUAAUUGCUCUGGCACAACGAAUGAAACAAGAMCAUGCAAUCUGACCUGUCCAGUACAUGGGAAUUUUACUAAUUGGAGUAACUGGACAUCAUGUUCUGUAACUUGUGGCAAUGGUACACAAUAUCGAAAUCGCUCUUGCUCUAAACCACCACCAUCUAAUGGAGGAAAUCCUUGCUCUGGAAACAGCAACGAGACACGKACCUGCACCAUUCGGCCAUGUCCAGUCGAUGGUAAUUUUACCAAUUGGAGCAACUGGACAUCGUGUUCUGCAACUUGUGGCAAUGGGACCCAACACCGAAACCGCUCUUGCACCAAUCCACUACCUGCUCAUGGUGGAAAUAACUGCACUGGACAUACCAACGAAACAAAGUUUUGUAAUAUUCAAUUAUGUCCAGUCGACGGUAAUUUUACUAAUUGGAGCAACUGGACRUCGUGUUCUGUAACUUGUGAUAAAGGAACCAAACAUCGAAAUCGUUCUUGCACAAAACCACCACCUGCCCAUGGAGGGAACAAUUGUACUGGGCCUUACAACGAAACACAGAGUUGUGAAAUCAAACCAUGUUCAGUCGAUGGUAAUUUUACCAAUUGGAGCAAUUGGACAUCGUGUUCUGUAACUUGUGGUAAUGGGACCCAACACCGAAACCGCUCUUGCACCAAUCCACUACCUGCUCAUGGUGGAAAUAACUGCACUGGGCAUACCAACGAAACAAAGAUUUGUCAAAUCGCACCUUGUCCAGUGAAUGGUAGCUUCUCAUCAUGGACCUUUUGGACUCAGUGUACACUGACAUGUGGUAACGGAACACAAGAGCGCAUGCGCACGUGCACAAAUCCAGCCCCAGCCCACGGAGGAAAGAAUUGCAGUGGUCAUGUUAGAGAAAAACGGAACUGCAACACAGAGUCCUGCCCAAAAAUUCCUGUCGAUGGAGGCUUUGCGUCAUGGGGUGAUUGGUCAAAGUGUACUUUGACGUGCGACACGGGGUCUCAGCAUCGAGAGCGCACUUGCACUGAACCUCCACCUGCCAAUAAUGGAGAUAAUUGCACCGGUGAAUUUAUAGAGAAGAAAAUAUGUAAUACCAACAAGUGCCCAAUUGAUGGAAAGUGGACGACCUGGUCAGCCUGGUCAGACUGCAAUAGACCUUGUGGGGAUGGGUCCAACAAUAGAACAAGAACCUGUUCUAGCCCUUCUCCGCAAUAUGGCGGAAAAGAUUGUGUAGGGAAUAACAGCGAAUCGAGGAUUUGUCACACAGGCAAAUCAUGUCCAGCUGCCAAGAUAUCUGUUAUUGCUAGAUUCACAGACGAGACUUUUAGUAAUAAGCUCAAAACCCGUGGGAGCAAAGAAUGGAAAAACCUUAGAGACAAAAUACUUGAAAAUGUAAAGGCAUUAUAUGUGGACCAAAGUAUUGUGGAAGGCAUUGAUGUAAAAUCUUUUAGCAAUGGUAGUGUUGUAUCGAACUUUGAUAUAAACUUCAAAAAAAUGGAUUCCACGCAACUGAUUAUUCUUCAAGAAAGUAUUGAGGUUGACAAGAUGCUGAAUAACAUGUCACUGCAGACACCCACGAUCAACGCAACGAAAGUUCCAAAUGCAAGACCAAGCGUCACUUUAAAAGUCCUCUCCUCGACGUCUAUACACGCCAAUUGGACCAUGAUUAACAAAUCUGAGUAUAACAGUCAAAAACUAAAGGGAUAUAGUGUGUUCUAUAAAGAGAAUUCGCAGGAGAAAUACUCGCUAAACCAGAUGAUGGCUUUCSAAUCACCGUCGAUCCUCAAUGCGACUAUCAAAGAACUAAAGAAAUACACUCACUAUGCACUCAGAGUACUUGCUUAUACUGACAAUGGAAAUGGGAUUGCUAGUGAUCCCGUCCUUUUUAGAACUGACGAGGAUGUUCCAUCUAGAAGUCCAGAAGACUUUACCGUCUCACCCACCAGCUCCACGGCUCUCAUGACGAAAUGGAAGACUAUCCCUAAUGAAUACCGCCACGGUAAACUUCUUGGUUAUCGAAUUGUCGCAUUGAACACGAAGACAGGAGCCAAAAAGACCUAUGAACCAGGCCAACAUAGAUACGACACAGAUAUAACGGGUCUUGACAAGUUUGCUGAAUAUUCUGUGACCAUAUGUGGGUUUACUUCGAAAGGUUGUGGAUUUACAGCUCAGCAGACCACGUCAACUUUAGAAGAUUUGCCAUCAAUGCCACCUAAAGAUGCAGUCUCUACCAGUUUCCUAAGUACCACUGAAAUCGAGAUCAGAUGGGCACCAGUUCCCCACGAAGGAAGAAACGGAAUAAUACGCGAAUACAUCAUCACUUAUAAUCUUUAUAGUCAAGGUCAAUCCCGCGUAUUUGAAACUCAARUCCUCAAAAWGUUUGUCAAGCCUUCCGUGYAUAARCUCAAGAUUGGUGGACUUAAGCCUUAUUCGAAGUAUGAGUUCCGUAUCGCCGCUCGAAAUACGAGAGGAGUGGGUCCCUUUCAGAAAUUCUAUGGAGAAACCUGCAGAUGUCCAAAAGAAAUCUUCUCAAACUAUUGGUUCAUCACUCCUUACUUCAACAGCACCUCCUCGGGACAGGUGACCGGUAUUUUCUCGCAUAUAGUUGAAAAAAUGCUUAAAUGGUCUUGUGGUGACUGUAAAAACGGCCAUAGAGAAACGAAGGUAAACUUUCAGAAGGAUGGUAACGGCUCAAAGGCGCUGAARAAAAGYAUUCUUGAUGUAGCGGGAAAUGUCGAUAAUGGCGCUCAAAUAAGCUUUCCGAUUAAUGGCAAUAAAGAUAUGAACAGGAUUUACGGAAAUCAAGUGUUCAUUCCCCUGGUUGAGUCCCCUGGUGUUGCSUACCUUGUUAUCCCUGUUCAGUCAAAAUCUACGGCAAUGAAUGUUGUCAACUCUAUAAUCGGCUCCAUCCCGUUCUUGUUAUUCUCAAUGGGUCUAGCUUACUUAGCUGGAGUAAUUAUUUGGUUUCUGGAUGCUCGUCACACCGAGUCAGUAUUCCCCCGCAAGUUUUCUUUAGGGGUAUUUGAAGGCUUGUGGUGGUCUUUCAUCAGCAUGACUACAGUUGGAUAUGGCGAUCGCUCUCCAGUGUCCUUCCUGUCGCGGUGGUUUGCAAUUAUAUGGACGCUUUAUGGCAUGACCCUUGUAUCUAUCCURACCAGCACAAUGUCGUCCUCUUUAACAACCGUUUCGUUACAAACACGAACGUCAAUCUACGGUACUCAAAUUGCCGCCAUUCAGAAUUCAUCCGAACACCGCAUUGGGAUCCUAAAAAAUGGAAAAAUCAACCAAGUAACCCAGUACCAUUCAGUUUCUGAUAUCCUAGAUGCUCUGAAUGCUCAUGAAGUAAGGGGUGCUUUGAUAGAUACUUAUGUYGUUGCUGCCAAGUCGCAAAAAUUCACAGACGCAGGUAAAUAAAAUCCAGAAUUUGGG